CCCCCCCCAACAUACUGGUCGUUCUGUCAGGAACACAAUGGUCCCUUCCAUCGAAGGCCAGUCUAGUUAGAUGGACGAUAGAAGACUGCUCUCGUGCUUUCCUCGGCCGUUUCGUUCCCUCUUCUACACAGUCUCCCCUGGGUUGAAGCAUGGGAGCACAGUGACGCAAAAGGCGACCGACCCACUCGGGAUCCAGGGUCUCAGGUACCAGCAUGCAGCUGGGACGGGUGGCCAGAUUGCGGGGUAGUGGGUACACAGAGUACCGACCGGCGCUAGUCCGUUACAUCCCCCAAGCCACUGAGCCGCUGCGGCCACGCAAGUACCUCAGCAGCACGCGACCAGUACCCGCCAACCCAUGCCCCGACGAGCCAUCGAGCCACUUCGACGCCGCAACCCCGAGAAAACUGCCCAUCGCCAGUGUCGUCUUAUCCCGGCUGGCUUGCUUGCUUGCUCCCUCGCUUUCUGUUUCGUCCCUGCUAUCGUCGUUUGUCGCCGCUGCCACCGACCGUCCCAACGUUUUCCGUCGUUCCUUGUCCGUUGACCACGGUUCAAGGGCUGCCAAUGGCAAAACACCACCUGUACCAAUUCUGCUGCAUGGUUCCGAUAUCGGAUGA